UUUCUCUUGUAGUCUGAUCUCAGCCAUGAAAUGGAAUCUGAUAUGAUAGAUGUGUGCAAGGGUGUGACUAAAAUCUGUCAUUACAUAAUUGCUCUGCCACCUGAUCUUGCAGGACCAGAAACACAAAUUCAAGAACUUAUUACCCCUGAAGAAAAGCCACCUGGGGUGCAAGUGCCAAUUGCCAUUGAACCCGAAGCAAUGAGUUUCUCAGGGGAACGUGGACCUGACUAUGUGCCUCCAACGCAUCAUCUAUCAAUGCCAAUAACUACAACUAGUUCAUCAAGUGAACCUAUGUUUCCCCUUCAAGAUGUGUCCCUUCAAAAUGAAAUAGUACCUUACAUAUUUGAAGAUUUUUCUCCAAAAAUGCCUAAUACUCCAAGUAAUGAAGGAGCAAUUAUGAUGCCACGUGAUGAAGAAAACAAAUUUGAAACAGAAGUUUCUGAUACAAAAGGUUCUGAAACUUCAGCUGGUUCUUUGGACUAUAAAAGUCUCCGAGACCUAACAAUAAUUGAAAGUGACACCCCUCUGCCGGACUGUGGCUCUGAGAAAUGUGUGAUUGAUUCUGACUCUGAUAGAGGCAUUGGUUUGGACUCUGACUCAGAAGAACACUCAAAAGACUCUGACUCAAUAUUAUGGGGAAUGGACUCAGACUCAGAAAAACAUUUCAUGGACGCAGACUCUGUGAAACACCUACUAGAAGCAGAAAAAUACCAGAUGGCUUCAGACUCUGAGGAAGACCUUAUGGAGUCAGAGCAACACCUAGUGGGAGUUGAACAAUGCUGGGUGGACUUUGACGCUCUGAAAUACUGGAUGGACUCAGACUCAGAAAAAUGCUUGGAAGACUCUGACUCUGAAAAAUAUGUGGUGGACUCUGACAAUGAAAGACCUGCGAUAGACUCAGAUUCAGAAAAAUACCCUAUGGCUUGUGCAUCUGUGAAACAUGUGCUGAAGGCAGAAAAAUGUCAAAUGGCCUUAGAUUCUGUAAAACGCCUGAUGGAAUCUGAAAAAAGAUUGAUGGAGACUGAACAACACCAGAUGCUCUCUGUUUCAGAUGUGGUGGACACCGACAUGGAAAGGGAUGGAGUGGGCUCAGCUUCUCUGCCUGGUGCACAUUUGAUGGGAGAAGAAAAACACCAGAAAAAGACUAUAUCUAAGAGAUAUAUGAUGGACUCUGACUCCGAAACAUGUAUGAUGGACUCAGAAAGAUAUGGGUUAGCCUCAGCAGCUGUGAAAUGUCUCAUGGAUGCUAAAACAUCCCAAUUGAGCACUGACACUGAGAGGCGCUGGAUAGAUUUUUUGUCUGAAAGACACACAACAGACUUAGAUCCUGAAAGCCUGGGGAUAGCCUCUGAUUCUGUGAAACACAUGAUGAAGACUGAAAGGGUCUCUGACUUGGAAAAAUUCUGGAUAGGACUCAGGUGUGCAUCUGAAAGAUUCUGGACUGAGCCUGAAAGACAACAGUUGGACUUUGACUAUGGAAAAUGCUGUGAUAGCUCUAGAAUAUAUCAACAUAGGUCUGUAAGACUUCAGGGUAGCUCUGGAAGAUGUCAGGAUGACCGUCAAAGACAUUGGGAUAACUUAGAAAGACAUCAAAUAGACUCUGAUUCUGAAAAACAUCAGGCAAAUUCUGAUAAUGAAAGAUAUCAAAAUGAGUUUGAAAGUGAAAGACACAUGAUGGAGAUGAAGAGGAAACAGUGUCUGAUCCAAUCUGAAAAUCAGAGACUUCAAAUAGAUGAAAAGAAGGAAAGAUAUCUCACAGAGUCUGACAGUGAAAAAGAGCACAGGAUUGUGUCUGAAAAUAAAAGACACCAACUGGACUCAGAAAGUGAAGCACAACGUCUUGGUGCUCGCAGAAAGGAAAAUCGUCCUCAGGGUUUUUGGAGGCCUGUUUUCCUGUCACCUGCACUUGGCCAAGGAAAGGAAACCGCAGAACAACACUCUGUGCAACAAAUUGAUAACAAAGUUUCCAGAAGUCAACUUGUGAGAUACCUUACUGAUGACAAGAUUGUGAGAUUCAAAGAGGUAUCUCAAGCUCUCACUGACAAGCAAGACUCACAGCAAAAGUUAAAGGAAAAGCACAGCUACGACCUUUUUCCAGACCCAAACACAUUCGUGGAUAACAAGCAUCACAGAAAUGUCAGUCACAAAAUUUCUUUCUCUAAGAGUCAUUGCAAGGACUAUAGAUAUCAGCAAAGUUUUCAGAGUUCUGUGUCUCACGUGAAUCCUACUCAUCACCUAAGUGCUGAGGAGUACACCUAUGAAGUUUCAGCACCUGUCUACCACUCCAACUCCAUGAGCCCUAUGUCGGCUCUACGCCUUAAGACUCACAGAAGUAACACAUAUCCUUUGGACACUGGAGCUCCAAUAUGUUCCAAAUGUUUCAUGGAAAUCGAUAAUUCUCCUUUUCAUAAAUGUCUCAUCAAUUCUGAUGAUGAUUCAGACCCUGACUGUCCUUUACAUUUCCAAAUUCCUUUGGAUUCUAAAUAUUCUCUGAGUCCCAAAUCUAUUAAACACUGCAAGACUUUGCAGAACAGCCCCUUAUCUCAAUCCCUGGAUCCUGAGCAUCUUGUGGACAUCUGCCCUCUACACUGGGGGGACUCUAAAUAUUCAUUAGGUUCAACUUCUUAUAUACAUUGUAAAAGUUGCUUAGCUCUCCAAAAUCAAAUAGGCUCUACUGUUACCCAUACAUUUCCCAUGAAUCCUCAAAAUACCAUGGGCCACCAUAAUACCCCUGACCCAGACAAUGUUAUCAAUACUAGCAAUGUUGCUGGCCUUGAAAGUGAGGGCACGUUUAACCUUAUUGCCAAAUUUGAAAAUGAGGGCAAUACUGACAAUGAGACUAAACUUAUCAGUGCUGGAAAUCUCAAAGAUAAGGCCAAUGCCAAAGACAAGCCUCUUCUCAAAGAUGAGACAGACCGUGAAGAUGAGACAGACUCUGAAGAUGAGAAAAAUCCUGAAGAUGAAAUAGACUCUGAAGAUGAAAAGAGCACCAAAGAUAAGAAAGAUCCCAAAGAUAAGUCUGACCCUGAUGACACUGAUCCCAAAGAUGGCAAUGCUGAAAAUGAUUCAGAUGCAAAUAAUGGGUCUGAUCCCAGUGGCGAUGCUGACCCUUCAAGUGGAGCUGAUUCCGGCAGCGAUGGUGACUCUAACAGUGGAGCUGACUCUAACAUUGAUAAUGCCACUAACAAUAAUGCUAACUCCAAAUAUAGCACUGAUUCUGAGGAGGAAAAACACACCAACAAUUCAGACAAUGCCUCUGGCCUAGGCAAUGGUGUUGAUCAGAACUGUACUGCUGAAUCCAACAGUGACGCUAAUCCAAGCUACACCUCUGGGCUCCAAAAUGGAACUGGCUUGGACUACACUUCUGGUUCCAACAAUGAUGCUGGGCCCAGCAAUGCCACUGGGUCAGGCAAUGACAUUUUCGCCAACAAUGGUACUGACCCUAACAAUGGACCUGGCCCCAACAACAGUAGAUUUGGCCCUAACAUCAAAGGAUCUGGCUUCCAAAACAAUGGCCCUGGCUCCCAAAAUAUCAGACCAGGUCCCAACAGCUCUAGCCCCAAUAUCAAUGACCUUGGCCCCAACAAUAGCCCUGCCACCAACAACAGUAGCCCUGGCUCCAACAAUAAUAGCCCUGGCCUUAAAAAAGACUCUGACUCUAACCAUAAUGCCAAGCCUAGUAAUGCUACUAGUGAAAACAGUGCCAUUAGUCCUAACAAGGAUGCUGACUCCUAUGAUACAAAGACCACCAGUGCUGCUGGUCACAACUAUGCAGCUAUCCCAAAGUAUGACUCAGACUUUGACUAUGUCCCAGGAUUUAUCCAUGCACUAGGUUCUAGCUUUGUCAUCAGUCCCACCUAUAUUGCCAGAAACAGCUAUGCUGCCAGACCCACCUCUACAGCUAGCACUGUCAAUAUCACUGACACCAGCAACACCACUAGUUAUAGAGGUGUUAUUAGCCCUCGCUACAGUGCUGGCACCAACUGUGCCUCAGAUACUAACCAUGACCCUAGAUUUACUCAUGUCCUUCACUCCAACUAUGUAAUCAACCCCAAUUAUGAUUCCAUAACUACUCAUAAUGUUCAUAAUUCUACUAGUAUCAACAAUUUUAAUAAUCUCUCUGAGCCUGAAUUGGAAAUUGAUGCGGAUUUGUCUAUUUCUAAUAUUUCUUACGAUAACUCUCCCACUUUUUCUGCUGGCCUUAAUUGUGCUUCCACUCUUGAAAAUCUUACCUCCUCUAAGUUUUCUGAUUCAUCGCAGCUUGGUAGAAAUUAUACAAUUUUUGAUGCACACAAAUUUGGUGCCUGGCUCAAAGUCUCUGCUGGCUCCAUAGACUCCACUAACUUUCAGCAUGCCACUGCCAAGGAUAUCCUUGAUGCCAAGGAUUCUGGCUUUUUAAAAGAUUUCUCUAUAGUCCAGAAUCCCAUUGGUAUCAAGGGUGCUGCCAGUUUAAAUUUCCACUCCAAUUCAAAUAUUCUGCUCCCUAGUUUUGCUAUUAUAGUAGAAGCUGAACUACCAGAUUUGGAGAAGUUUGCCAUAUCCUCAGGUGCUGUGAAUCAGUUUUUUAAGUGGAAGACAUGUUUUCUGGGGAUUUUUAAUUUAAGAUACAACAAAACCAUCUUCUAUCCAAAGAUACUGGCAACUUGCUCAAGCUCAACCUCCAGACAGGUAGCAGACAAUGCCUUGGCCCUUGAUUAAUGAAAAGAAAAUCUUGAGAUGGAAAAGACAAAGGCACAGCCAAGAAGGUUUUGAGGAUAUGAGCAAAUAACUUCGAAAAAUUGCAGAGAUCCCUGAGCAAUGUUUCUUAUAUGUUCGUUCUCACAUCCCCUCCCCUUUACAUGACCAUGCCUUUAUUGUCUAUUAGGGCCAAAAAUGUUGCUUCAAAACACCAUGUGACAAUUGUCCCAUUCAUCUUAUUUGCUUCUGGCAGACUCUGGAAUUAGGAAAAGGACACACUGUGGUCCUUUCUAGCAACCAUAUAAAAAUAAUUUGGAAUUAUUAAUAACUCAAAAAUACAGUCAUAUUUUUCAAUCAGAAAUUCUCUUCACCUUUUGUAUAAGUCUCUGUCUCCAGAAAAAGAUGGUCUUAACUUUUGAAAAAUCUUAUGACAGAUGCUUUUAAUAUUGUGAUGGCCACUCUAGAUUUAAUAUCACCAAUAAUAAAUUUCUGUUUUAUUGGUAA